GACAGACAGGUAAAUAAACAGAUAGAUAGAUAAAUAGAUAGAUAGAUAGAUAGGAAGACAGACAAACAAACAACCCCAGUGAAAUGAAGAAACACGCUUUUGUAUCUGUCGGAGCGGAUAGCGGCGCGAUCGUCGUUCUCCUUUUAACUGCACUUACUUUCCGGGUAUCCAGCGCUUCGGCAUCUACGGCGGACGCCACAGACACUAACGAGAGCAGUACUUUGCCCGCCUGUAACAGAACUGUGAGGAUCGUGGAAACGACUCACAGCCGAGCAAAUAGCUUAUUAAUUGAUUUUCCCUUCAAAGAUGAGCUUCGUCUUUCACAAGCAGAAGACGGUGACUUAUGCGGCGGCCAGGCGUCCUGUUGCUCACGGGACCUUCAACAGCGAUUGCUCAGGCAGGUUCCCCAUCUGAUGCAGCAAAAACUUCGCUUUGUCGAGACGAGCGCCGAUGACCUAAUUCGAUUUGGCAAAGAGUUUAAAGAAGCCUAUUCAAAGGCACUGGAUGACUCCAGAGAACAUACUUUGUACGCACUACACACGGAUCUGAAGUUUUUCCGACAUAACGACUCUGUUGAUCUGUUCUACCAAAAGCUGCGGUUAUAUCUUAUCGAUCCGCCGGCCAAAACUGGUGAGAAGCUGUCCAAGCUCCAUAUUGGAUCUGCCGUCCAGCAGUUGUUCUCCGAACUGUUUAUUUCGGUGUUUCAUCAGUUAGCAAACCCUCGAUUGCGCAGCUUCAGUGACGAAUACUCGGAUUGCCUUCGUAAGCAAAGCUCAUCUAUUCAGCCGUUCGGUGACGGCCCGCAGCGAUUAAGCGCCUACUUCUCGAAAAGCUUCCAGGCAGCCCAUCUACUCAUGAAAUCCACACAGUAUAUGUCAAAGAUUCUGCGUAUGGCUGCUAACAUGAACGUGACCAGCAAUAAUGGAUGCGCUCGUGCUUUGGCGAGGAUGUUCUAUUGCCCCACCUGUAGAGGUCUCUACGAUCUGCACCCAUGCAUCUCAUUCUGUCUCAACGUAAUGCGUGGGUGUUUUGCUCCCUGGGCAGAUCUUGACCCGGCAUGGUCCAGUUUGGUUGAUAAGACUACGCUAUUGUUGAAAAAGUCGCAAGAAACUAAUUGUGAGGUAGAGCACGCCCUGUUAAUUCUGCCGCGGCGCUUAAUUGACGCAGUCCAGUACGCAAUGGACAAUGGUAUUGAGGUGGUAAAAAGGGUGCGCGCCAACUGCGGAGAUCCCCAAGGGCCCACUGGGUCAGCAGUAUCCACGUCACAGCGGCCAUCUACAAUUCAACAAAGCUCGAGCCCCACAAAUCUACUCACGGGGCCUGCGAAAAAACUCGAGAUAUUAACGAUUGGGUUGCAGGUCAAACUUGGCGAAAUUCGUGAUCUUUUGGGUAUUUUUAGUGAGUUCCUCUGUACUCCUCGCGGAAACUCGAACUGUUGGACAGGUGUUGAAAAGGGAAAUUAUCGCAAAAGUAUAGCAGAGCGAGGCAUUAUCGCGCAGCGGCUAAAUUCUGAAGUAAGUCUCAGUGACCAUCAAACACCUAUCUAUCAGUCUCUGGAUAAGUAUUCGGCGCAGAUGAAGCGCAUGUCAACUGAGAUAGCUAAUGCGGGUGUCAUGAAGAUUCGUCCAGAGAGCAACAACUAUCAAGGGAUUGAGACGAGACAACAGGAGGGAGGCGUCCAUGAAGGGAGUGGAGACCUGGAAGGCAGUGGAGACUUUGAAGGAUCAGGCUCGGGCGCAGGUCCUGACGACGAUACCGAAGCUGAUCACGAACAAGAGACUAAUGUGGCCGUAAUGCGAAGCAAUUUCAACGCAUCAGUGCCGGUCACCACCGAUCCUUCAGAUCCAAACUCCAGCCCAUCACGCACGAAUCCAAGCCUUGUCGACGUCUUGUUAUUGGCUACCGCUAUCAUUGUCUUGAGAAACUACCAAUAAACGAUGAUAUUUCUAGAGAAUAUCUAGCAAUAGAUUGCAGCUAGACACCUGUACUAUAUAUAGCAGCAUAUGCAAAAGUCAGGUUACGUUGAUUGCUACAGUUACACAUAUAUAAGUAUACUUCUUUUUGACGAGUGUUUCUUGAUCGAUGCAGACUUACGAUGAAGUUAGGACACCUAUCGCCUCACUUUUUAUCCUCCUCGAUUUCCAUAGCGUAUUCGGUAUGUACGAUAUACGUAUGUAAUAUAUGAAUCGGAAGGAGACACCUAGAGUAGUCCCUGACUAUCUUGCCAUAUAGUACCUUGUUAGAAUAGGCAAUAUCCAAAUAGCCAUGCCUAAAUUAUCUGUCGGGUGUCUCUCAUUGCAUAGUUUUAUAUUUGAUAUACAGAUACGACAGACACACUCAAACACACGUCCGCUGAUAGCUCUGACAGACACAGUUCUGCCUCGUUAUAAGAGAUUAUUGAGACAGCCGUUAGAGAUUGACUGCCAAAAGGGGGUCGCAGUGACGUUGACAGCAACAAUGAUGGGUAAAGUGGCAUCUGUGAGUUAAUUUAGUUUAAUUGGCUACGAGUGCUAUCAAUGAGUGACUAAAUAUCUGCCGAUCGAUCCUCUUUGCAAACAAUUACCGCCUGAUUGAUUUAAUUCCCAAAGGAACAAGCACUCAGCAACAGAAUCAUUAUAGCCGGGUCGAUCUAGAAUUUUAACAUUUUCAUCCAUUCAUAGUUGCAGUGGAUAUACCGAGAAACAUCAGAGAAUAGAAACACGCACAUUAACAUAUUGACUAACGCUGUUUGGAAAUUGAUCGAUAAGUGCUACCUACUUUAAUCUUAUCUCGAGGAUAGCGAUCUAUCGAUUGGCUGAGUAACUAAUAAUUCUCUAAGGUGAACAAUGGCAAUAAGAUAUGUCUGUUAAUAGGAGCAGAACGAGCAAAGAGGCUUUACUUGCGACGGUCAAGGUCAGUAGCACGUCAUUAUUAAUUAUCUAUCAAUCCGCAAAUGUAUCGAUCUUCAAACCUUUUACUAAUGUAGACCGUGGAAUGAUCUGAAGUAGAGGUUAAGCAUUGGGAUAAUGGGUCGUGUUUGGCCUUCCAACCUUGUCAGGGCCAUUUGAGACACCGCUAAAACAUGCCCGCGGCAAACCUCUAUCGACUCUAGCUAAUAAUGAUGUCCAGUUGAGGAAUUUUUCGAGUGACAAAGAAUUAAUAGUAUUUUUUGUGUACAGAUUUGCGUAUGUACAUAGGUGGACCCCAGAUGACUUUUUCCUCGUUCCGCUUUCCGUUCGAGUAACUCGGGGCGUUGAUCGAAUGCAAAGACACCAUGCGGCGUUACAGAAGGUUAACAAGAUAUUGAUUGAAAGGCAUUAUAAUUGACGCGACUUCUUUCAAAGAAAACAGUUCUGGCUUUUAGGGAUCAACAUCGAAAUGAUUGGCGAUACAUUGUUCAACGAAACGCGAACUGGUCGAUAAAUACGUCAAACCGACUUUGCCAUAGAUCGUUCAUUCCAGUUUGCUCAGCAGUGUUGACACGGCAUAUGACUGAUCAAUUUUUGAUGUUCAUAUAUAUAUAUAUAUCUAUCAAGAUAGAGCUCAGUAAUCGGAACUCGCCAUUUCUUAAUGAUGCACAAUUAUUACAUCACAAAAUACAUAACGGUAAUUCAUUUUUAGACUCCAUUACGUACGUCCAUCAAUGCAGUUUCAUCUUCACGCAUCUGUAAUAUUUUCGUUCAGCUUCAAUAGUAUGCUAUAAAAAGCGACAUCGAUACGUCAGCAGCGGCGCGUCUUCAAUAAACGUCAGCAGUUUUCUUCACACACCACUUGGUCACUUAGUCACUCAUCUGUGAUAAAACCAUGAUUAGCGUCAAAAAUAGCAAGCUCGACAAACAGAUCCCAACAACUCGGCAUCGAUCAUGUCAACAAAAACAGGCCUAAUUGUAGGCUCAGAUGUAUGCAAUGCCUACUGCAAGUAUCUUCGGGCAAGAAAAAUAAAGGAAUAGACAUAACGAAACUUAUUAUAAUGGUAAUUCUAACGUACACGUAACUUAGUGUAAUCACAAUGAUUCAAAUAGUUGUAAUUAACAACUGUCUUAGCGAUCGCAUGAGCGUGAAACAGAAAAGAACUGUCAAAAAGACAGCUUCUUUAACGAAGGGCUGGUUCUUGAAAGGUUUUUGAAAAAUACAUGCCGAUAACAAAACAAUGUUCGCUUAUCUUCGUUAUGCAUUGUAUUUAAGAACAUAGCAGACGAGAUACACAGAUGACGUUUUUUCUGCUUCGAAAAAGUUGAACACCCGCAUCUCUUUGUGUUCGUUAACAACGACUGGAACGAAUGCGAAAAAGAUCAUAAGGAAAACAGAAUUUAUCAGAAUAUCAUAUGAUUGUAGUUUAAUUCAAAGCAAUCCUUAGAUUAUUUGCUCAUCGAAAAAAAAAAAAAAAAAAAA